CUCCAUUCAGCUUCUUUACCAUAUACCUUCCAAAUGUUCUCUGGUGUUGCAUUCGUGACUGGAGCAGCCUCUGGGAUUGGACAGGCAACCGCCCAGUCGUUCGCACGGAAGGGUGUAAAGCGUAUUGUUCUCGUAGACCUUGGGGACCUCUCCACUACCAUCGCGCUCCUGCAGAAUGUCGAAACCCUCCCAAUCAAAGCGGAUGUCAGCGACGAGGCGCAGGUCAAGUCGGCCGUCCAGGGAGCAGUCGACAAGUGGGGCCGUAUUGAUUAUGCAGCGAACUGCGCUGGCAUUGGAUGCCCGCGCGCCAAAUUCGCCGACACCACGACCGCAGAUUUCGAGAAAACCAUGGGCGUAAAUGCGCGCGGGUGUUUUAUCUGCUCCCGCGAGCAGAUUCGGCAGAUGCUCAGUCAAGAACCGCUGGAGACCGAGCUCGGGCCGCGCCGUGCGCAAAGGGGGGCGAUCGUCAACGUUGCGUCGAUCCUCGGCCUGCACGUGCGUUGGAACAUUGCGCCGUAUACCGCCUCCAAGCACGCCGUCGUGUCCCUAGCGCGGCAGGCAUGCUUAGAUCACGGCGCAGACGGUGUCAGAAUUAACACGGUCGCGCCCGGGCUUGUCGAGACCCCGAUGACGGCUGGCCGCGAGGUGCUCACGGAGGACUCUGCGCCCGAGGUCGUUCCCAUGGCCAGGCCCGGGUUGCCGGAAGAGCUGGCGGACGUGAUCACGUUCAUGUGUAGCGAGGAAGCGAGCUACGUCAACGGGGCGACGUGGUGCGUCGACGGCGGGCGGAUGGUGCACUAGCCUGUGCAGGAAGGAUUCCAGUUCAACUUUGCAUAGUAUGUUGCUCUUGGCAGAGUUGUGAGACCUUCGAUGUACCCG